AUGCGCGCUCAGUCUAUCGUCUCCGUCAUUGCAGCCGCGGCUGUUGGCCACGUUGCCGCUCAAACCACAGGCGAGCUUGGUGAUGCCACCGUCGUCAGCAACCCCGCUGGCUAUGUUUACGAGGCUGUGCUCCCUGAGCAGCCGUUCUUCAAGGGCUCAUUGGAGGGCAACGUGAAGGGCUCGAUCGUCGCCAUGUCGGCCCCCGACGGAAAGGGCGUCCAGUUCAAGGUCAACUUCUCCAACCUUCCCAAGGAGGGCGGUCCCUUCCCCUACCACAUCCACGUCGACCCCGUCCCCGCGGACGGCAACUGCACCAAGACCCUCGCUCACCAGGACCCCUUUAUCCGCGGCGAGGCCACGCCCUGCGACUCUAGCAAGCCCGAGACGUGCCAGACGGGCGACUUGAGCGGCAAGCACGGCGCUGUUGGCGUUGACGGCUACGAAAAGACCUACGUCGACCCGUACCUCUCCAUCGUCGAGGGUCCCGGCUCCUUCUUCGGCAACCGCAGCUUCGUCUUCCACUUCGCCAACAAGACCCGCAUCAGCUGUGCCAACUUCAAGCUCAUCUCCAAGCCGGACAGCGGCAGCACCCCCAGCAACUGCACCUCCUCCGCCGCCGGAACCGGUGUGAUGCCGACUCCCACCGCGCAGCCCAGCAACACGGCCACCACGGUCCCGUUCCCCGGCGCUGCCUCGACCAGCGGAGUCUCUGUCUCGCUGGUCGUCGCGGCCUUCGCUGCCGUCAUGUUUGCGCUUUAA